AUGGAGUCACGUAGGGACACAGAGUUACGUAGAGACCUAACAUUUAUCACGGGUAUCAUGAACGGGGAUAUAGAAAUUGACUCUCAAUUUUUGGGAACGUCUCAAAAUACUCCUACAUCAGUUUCUGAUUCUCCACCUCCACCACCACCACAAGUUGAAAAUACCUCUUCUACAAAAGGAAAACGGGGCUCUAACUUUACUGUAGAGGAAGAUAAACUUUUAGUGGCGGCAUGGCUCAAUACUAGUGUUGAUGCCAUAAGCAGUAAUGAACAAACACAAAAUACCUUUCGUCAAAAAGUUUGGGAAUAUUUUAUGAAGUACAAUACAUCCGGUACCACACGCACUGUUAUCUCUUUACUAAGUCGUUGGGGUACGAUUAGUGAAAAGACAAAUAAGUUUGCUGGGUGUAUGGCUCAAAUUAACGCACUUCAUCAAAGUGGUAUAACCGAAGAAGAUAAGAUUAUCAAUGCGAAGGCUUUGUAUUUAGAGAAGUACAAGAAACCCUUUCUUCUUGAUCAUUGUUGGCUCAUGUUAAAGGACCAACCAAAGUUUGCCGAUCCUAACAAUGCUAGAUCGAGAUCAUCUGUGCCUCCAACUUCAGAGGCAAUAUCUAUUAGUGAAGGGGAUUGUGGGUCCGGACUUGGUGACACUUCUAAUUUGGAGAGACCAAUUGGUAGGAAGGCCGAAAAGGCCAUCCGAAAGAACAAAGCCACCGGAAAAGAUGUGGGGGAAUAUUUGAACAAAAAAUUGAAAUUGAUUGAGGAUGUAACUCGGUUGGAAGAGGAAAAGAUGUCUUUUGAGAGGGAAAAACUUGCAAUUGAAAGGGAAAGUAGGGAAGAAAAACUUAGGAUUGAGAAGGAAAGAAUGAUGAUUGAGAAGAAAAAAUGUGAGCGAGAAGAAAGGUUAGAGGAAGAGAGAAUCAUGAUGAUAGAUACAAGUGGCUUAACCGGAACACAAAAAGCUUUUUAUGAACAACUCCAAGAGGAAAUCAUGGCAAAACGAAGAUCAUUGGUUUAUGUAUUUUGUAGUGGCUUAUGUCACUUGAUGAAUUAUCUUAAACUAUAUGUUGCAUCCAUGAAUCACUUUGUGAUUCGCAAGUUCCUUCUUGAUGACUCAGAUGAAGAUGAGAUAAUCGAAGAACUUGUUAUGGAAGCAUCACAACCUAAGCGUCGUCGUCGUUCUAUUCAACGUAAUCAUUUGGUAGGGCAUGAGAGGCUUUUUCUUGAUUAUUUUGCUCCCACACCAGUAUAUCCACCCGCUUUAUUUCGUAGGAGAUUUCGGAUGAAGCGUUCUCUUUUUCUUCGUAUUCAAUCUCAAGUUGAAGCUCAUGACUCUUAUUUUGUCCAAAAAAGAAAUAGUGCCAACAAACUUGGUUUAUCUUCAUUACAAAAGAUAACUGCUGCACUUAGAAUGCUUGCAUAUGGAGUAUCGGGUGAUUUGAUAGAUGAAUAUGUGCGGAUUGGAGAAACUACUGCAUUAGAAAGUUUGAAAAAAUUUGUUACUGCGGUAAUUGAUGUUUUCUCUGAAGAAUACUUGAGAAAGCCAAACAAUGAAGACAUUGCUAGACUGUUAGCUCACGGUGAACGUCGAGGUUUUCCAGGUAUGUUAGGUUCAAUUGAUUGCAUGCAUUGGAAGUGGAAAAAUUGUCCAUCUGCAUGGAAAGGUCAAUAUUGUGGUCAUAUUCGUGAGCCUACUAUUAUUUUGGAGGCAGUAGCAUCAUAUGAUCUUUGGAUAUGGCAUGCAUUUUUUGGAUUACCUGGGUCAAAUAAUGAUAUUAAUGUGUUAGAGCGAUCUCAUGUAUUUAAUGAAUUUGCUAAAGGGCGUGCUCCUACAAUACAUUACUCAAUUAAUGGUCAUGAUUACACUAUGGGAUAUUACCUUGCUGAUGGUAUAUAUCCAAAGUGGGCAACAUUUGUGAAAACAAUCCCAGCUCCACAAGGACAUAAGUAUAAAUUAUUUGCAGCAGCCCAAGAGGCGUAUAGGAAGGAUGUUGAACGUGCAUUUGGAGUGCUUCAAGCACGUUUCGCAAUUGUCCGUGGACCUGCACGAUUUUUUCAUCUUGAAACACUCAAAAAGAUCAUGAAAGCGUGCAUAAUUCUCCAUAAUAUGAUUGUUGAAGAUGAGCGAGAAGAUGAGCGGGAUGAUAAUGAAGUGGUAGAUUUGGAUUAUGAACAAAAUGAUGGAGUGGAUAAUCCUCCUCUGCAAAUGUUACGUGAACAAAGUGAUGAAUUUUUGUCAUACAUUGAGAGGCAUGGACGCAUUAGAGACCGAGAAAUUCAUUUUCAACUCCAGUCGGACCUUAUUGAACAUUUAUGGCAAUUGCAAGGCGAGUCGUAGGAACUUUCUUUUUUGUAUGUGGGUUUAGUAUGAGUCGGUUGAACUUGUGUGAGUGUGUGAGUUUUAUUGUAAUUUGGUUUGAGUUAUGUAUGUGAGCAAAU